AUGAGCAAAAAGAAUCAAAAGAAGAAAAAAUCCAAGGGGAGAAAAAGGGAAAAUAAUUCCUCAUCUAAUGUAUGCGGCAAACAUGACCAUGAGUUGAAUGAGGCGAAGGAAGCAGAUCGAGGACGGGGACUCAAAAUAAACGGGCCGAAUGAGGACAACUCUGCCCCUCUAAAUGCUCAAGUUAGUGACACUGUGAACGGGAAAAAAGAAAGGGGUGACAGUGCACCUAGUGGAGAAACUGCGGAGAAGGGCCAAAGCCCUACCAGUGGAGAUGAAGCAGAGAAGGAAGAAGACAAAAAGGGGAACACACCCGAUGGGGUGACCGACAUGGUGAUGGGAAAAGCGAUGGGCACCAAGGGAAGGAAAAAGAAAAUCGAGCCCGCACCGAAUAUUCCCAACGAAGGAGCAAGCGAAAGUGCAAAAUUCAAAUCAUCUAAUGACGAUGUGGACGAUUUUCCUAUGCCCAGUGGUGACCAAGGCGCAGAAGAACAAACGAACAGCCUCUUUCCAAACAUCGACGUCGAUGCGAUGUACUGUUUGCUUGCAGAAAAGGGAGAUCACCAAAAUGAAUUUUUAAGGGACUUAAUUAAAGAAAUAGAAAAAUUUAAAAAAAAAUUUAACGAUGAUAACGUGCUGUCAAAUGUGCGUAGAGACAGGCAUAACUUUAGUAGUAAUUACUCCAUCAAGAAAGAGGGAAAAAAAAGGGGAGCACAGCAGCGGAUAGUGACAGCUACAACUUUUACGAUAUGCUAA